AUGAUUGAGUUGAAAAAUUGUACAAUGACAAACAGCAGUAAUAUAGGAAAAGAUAAUAACGGUACAGAGGAGCUGAUAACAACCUUCGUCGCACCAUUACUCGAGACCAAACCAAUAUUGUCUAUAAUCUAUAUAUCAAUUCUCUCGGUUGCUUUCCUGAUUGGAACUGUUGGUAAUACCCUAACCAUCAUUAUAUCAUCCAUCAGCAAGAAUGUGAACAAAGUUGGCCGCGAAUUUCUCAUAAAUUUGGCUCUAGCGGAUUUGUGUGUUUCAGGAUUUGCUGAUCCCAUGUGCAUUGUUGGAGUGGUUAAGGGUCAGAGAUGGUUUAGCUCUCGAGUGUGGUUUUGUGAACUAAUAUCCUCUUUAUGUUUGACGGCCUGUUUCUGUGCCUUCCUCAACCUAACUCUAGUCAGCUUCAACCGUUACAUUUACGUCUGCAAGAAUAGAUUGUACUACGUUCUAUUCAAAACCAAAGUCUGCAUCGUUCUCUGCUUGGUAACAUGGGUAGCAGCUUUUCUCUUCCAGUUUCCCAAUUUCAUUGGCUGGGGAGACCACACCUUUGAUGAGAAGAACCACCAAUGUAUCUGGGACAGAACAAAAAGCUAUUCUUACACCCUCUUCGUAUCCAUCGCCUUAAUCGGGAGCCCAUUGCUUUUUAUGACGGUGGCAUACAUCCUUAUUUUCUGGCGGAUUUUCCAAACCAAAGUCAACGUUUACAGUUAUAGCAUUGAUGAUCCUGAUCGAUUGAAGAAAGCCUGGAAAGAAACCGCCAAGUCAUCAAGAACGCUUUUCAUUCUGUUUGUAGUAUUUGUGGUUUGCUGGACUCCAUACACAACUGUUAUUUCAUUAGAUGUCGCUGACGAUUUGCCAAUGGAGGUUCAUAUCAUGGUAACUCUAGUUGCUCAUCUUCACUCAAGCUCAACUUUUGUUGUUUACAUGAUCAGCAACAGACCAUAUAGAAGAGCCGCUUUCAGAUUACUGUGUCGACCCACUAAAGGCUAUAGAACUGGUAUGCUUACAGGAUCAACAUCAACUGCUACUACUACUACAUCUGAUGCAUCUACAAAGUCUCAAGACAAGAAGGUAGUACAUACCAUCUGCAAAUGA